UUUUAUGAAAUGCUGGCUUCACAGCCUAAUGUCACAUUACAGCCUCUCCCUCCUUGUUCCUCGUCUCCGAGUGACUUUUUUUCGCCAACCCCAUCUUCACUACCAACUUCAUGCCAAUCGAUGCCUCUCAAUUUAGUUGGUCCCGAGGCUGAAUUUUUGAAUGGCGAUUCGGUGACUACCUUAGCUGGCCCAAUCGCCGACCCCAUACGACACAAGUUUUCACUGUAA